AUGCCUAGGGUCUGUUGCACAGAGCAACAAAAUGUGGCGAACACAGCUGAGAGUUACGAAUGCAUUACUAAGCACCCUCUCUUUGAAUUGUAUUGCCCCAACAGGCAUAUACUCGACCUGGACCAAUACCGAUACACUGCCUACCGACAGUUUGUUUGGUGGGUGUACAAGCGACUUGGUCAAGGUAACCGGGUCGUUCUACCAAGCUGUGCAGUCCAUAGGAUCAGGAAAGAGUUUCCUACGCCUGGAGGGCAUUACACUGGCUACCUGGACGCAUAGUGGCAGUUCCUCCUCAAUAAACACCCCGUGUUUUCUGACAAAAUGGCAUGUCUUGUUCAGUGAACUAUUGCUGUCUGCAACAAGAGACAGGAAAAUAUGAGGUUACACAAGCUUCAAUUCAAGAUGCAACAUGAAAGGAAAGUAGCCUUACGUUAGUCAAAUAUUAAAGCGCCUUGUAUGUACUGCCACGAGAGCUUCUUUGUCAGCACGUUCGAAGUUGCUUGAAAGUGGAGGAGGCACUUUCAUACAUGUGUGCGCGUGUAGGAGCUCUCAUUCUGCCUUCGUGUAGGAACUCUCAUUCUGGCACAGGUCCACAGCACACUUCAGCAAGUCGUUCCCAUAGCCUGGAACAACAAAGCGUAGUAAAUGGUAAUGUGUGUGCAAAAAUAUGCAAACUGAG